AUGGCCACAGUUAUUCUUCCAAACCUGUACUCUUUCUUAAGAGCUUACAAGGAAUGCUUUGAUCAAACCGCCUUCGAGAAAGAGGUUGCCAGAGAUUUCGAUAGUCAAGAAAUCACUGAUGCUGCUGCUAGGUAUGAACUUCGUGCUAAGGAACUCUCUAAAAACAAAGAUCAGCUUUUGAAAUUGAUCCAGCACAUUGAUUUAACUACCUUGUCCGGAGAUGAUACUAAGGAUAAAGUAGUUGCUCUUACCAAGAGAGCCCUUGAGCCAGUGUCAGGAUCCAACAUAACUACUGGCUCUAUCUGCGUUUAUCCUCAACGCGUUCAUGAUGUCAAGAACUACCUUAAGAGUGUUGGCAGAAAACUGAACAUCACAGGAGUCGCUGGUGGUUUCCCUUCUGGACAAUACCAUUUGCAAUCCAAGGUUUUGGAAGUUGAGCUCACCGUUGCCGAUGGAGCCAACGAAAUCGAUAUUGUUAUCAGCAGAGCUGCUGCUCUUGAUGAGGACUGGAAGACUGUUUACGAUGAAGUUCUUGCUUUAAAGAAAGCUUGUGGAUCAGCUCAUCUCAAAACCAUCUUGGCUACCGGAGAAUUGAAAACUCUGGAUAAUGUAUACAAAGCUAGUUGGGCCAGCAUCUUAGCCGGAAGUGAUUUCAUUAAGACUUCCACUGGUAAAGAAACAACAAACGCCACUUUGGAAGUUGCUUACGUUAUGUGCCAUGCCAUCAAGCGUUGGUAUGAAUUGACCGGAAAGAAAGUUGGUUUCAAGCCUGCUGGAGGUAUUAAGACUGUGGAAGAAGCGUUCUCUUUCUUGGCCUGUGUUGAAGAGAUCCUUGGCAAAGACUGGGUUACUCCAGACCUUUUCCGAAUUGGAGCUAGCAGUCUCUUGGACAACAUCUUGACUGCUCUUUAG